CGAGGACAACGCGGAAGUGAAUUGUCAACAGUCCAAAGAGCCGCUGAAAGAAACUAUCUUCCGUCCAGACACGAUGGCAGAGGGAGAGUCUAAAUGUUGUGCUGAUUGUUCCUAUUAUAUCAUCAAAUUCAUACUGUUCAUCUACGCCUGCUGUUGGUGGCUAAUAGGCGGAUGUAUCCUGGGUAUUGGCAUCUAUGCAGAAGUAGAGCGACAGCAGUACAAGACACUGGAGGGUGUGUUUCUGGCCCCAUCUAUAAUCCUGAUCCUACUGGGCAUCAUCCUAUUUGUUGUUUCAUUCAUUGGAGUCUUGGGUUCCCUGAGGGAUAAUAUAACUCUAUUGAAAGUGUUCAUGUACACCCUGGCAGCGUGUCUGCUCCUGGAGCUGGUUGGAGCAAUCUUGGGGCUGGUGUUUCGCAACCAGGCGGAACGUUUAUUGAACAAGAACAUUCGAAAGGGCAUAGUAAACUACUACGAUGACUUGGACUUCAAAAACAUCAUGGACUACGUUCAGAAUAGGUUUAAGUGUUGUGGAGGUGAAGAAUUUAAAGACUGGAAAGUCAACAUGUACCACAACUGUAGUGCGCCUGGUCCGUUAGCCUGCGGUGUCCCAUAUACCUGCUGUGUUACUACUAAGAAUAAUGAAGUGCCCAACACUAUGUGUGGGUACAAGGCCCUAGAUGACAAGCAUCAACCACUGCCUGACAUCUAUACCAGAGGCUGCACCGGUGCAUUCAUUUACUGGCUGCUGGACAAUUAUAAGAUUAUGAUCAUACUUCUGUUUUUGAUCCUAGUGCCUCAGUUCUUCGGUGUGCUAGUCACCCGGAUAUAUAUCACUCGUGUUGAAGACAUAAGUGAUCAGUAUGCUGAACCCACCGAAGAUGCACGACGUCAGAAAGGUCACUUGGACAAAUGGUUCAAAUGUAUGCCAGAAUGGGACUGACAGAAAACUGCAAGUAGCGAAGAGAUCUGAUAUUCAAUUGUGCUUUUUUUUUUCUUUUUCUUUUUUUCAGCGUCCACUGUUUUACUUACUUUUAACAACUUUGUUGAAAUACAGUGUACUAAUGGUGGAAAAUACUCGUUUAGAUAUGAGCUUUUAACUGCAAUGUGCCUAACAUGGUCUCAGGGAUAAAGACAAAAUACAAAACAACCACUUUUGUUUCUUUCUUUUAUGUGAAAUGAGUCUUUUCCAGUGCAACACACAAUCACAGUUUGUGGCGUUGCCUUAAUUUUGAUACUUUUCUGCCCCUGUUUCUUCUGUUGAUUAAACCAUUGCUUGACCUUUCUAAAUAAUCAAUGCUGAAUUGGUAUUGAAGUGCUGGUAUGCAUAAAAAUGGUCUAAAAUGACUUUUUUUGUUUGUUGCUUAAAAACAGCUGGUCAGUUUACCUUAUUUGUAUCUCCUGAUGUGUCCAGGACAAGUGUUACCUAUGAUGCUCAGAUGUAUUACAGAUAUUUUAUUAAAGCAAAAAAAACCUUUAUUAUGAAAUACAAUUUUGUCAGUGGGAACAGAAAAAAAAAUAUGAAUCUUAGUAAAGUGGCAAUGCCAUAAUCUCAGGGUGCCUAUAAGCAGCAACCUUGUCUUUUAGAAUAUUGCCACUGCAUGCCAGUUUGAAUACUGCUGUUAGUAGACUUGCAUGUAGUAUGUAUCCUACUCCUUAUUUGUGUAGUGGUUGACAAUCAGCACAGUACAAUCAAACAAUUAUGCAGUGGAAAUGACGAUUUGUGAUUGACAUGUUAGUCAUGAUUGCAUGUUUUCAAGCUGCCUUUUCACAGAAUAGUGAAGUUAUAAAAGCAGCACUUUAAAUCUGCCGUGGCCAAAGCUGCGGACGUGGCACAAAUUUUGUUUCCUGUAAUUUGCCGCUUGACUUUUUUUAUUUAGCUUUUUUUUUACAUGUUUCUGUGAUCUAAUGAAGAACAAUUUGGGGCGUUUCAUAAUUUUCAAAGACUUUUAUUGGCAAAUAAAUCAGAUUUAUGUAAACAGUGCCUGUUUGCAGUGUUGACCCUUCGUCGUAACAGCUCCCUCUGGCAUGCUGAAUAUCAGUUUCUGAGUUCAUGAGUAUGCUUCUGAUCACUCUGUGAAACAGUAUACAAUCACUGUGAACUGCCAAAAUUGAAGCAGUAAAUUGUAUGAAGAAAAAAAAUUGCGCCACUGCCAACAACAAAAAACCACAUGAUGCCUAACAACAGGUUCAAAGGGAACAAUACAGAGAUAUUUCCCACUGACUAUUGUUGUGUGGAAAGAUGUAACAGGAGUAGUAGUGUGGCCUUGUUAUUUAGACAGAGCAUCAUUACAGCAGAGCUAUAAGUGUAACUCACUCGGUAAUGAGUGUGGGUGUAGAAGUAUACAACGUGAGGUAUAGCGACGUUUAUUUACCACUAAUUACCAGCAGUAAAUCAGUCACAGAGUUCUUCCUGAACAUGGUGAAAUGCUUGGAAGUAUAGUCGCAAAAUGUCUGUACAACACUACCAUGAGUUCCCAGAACCUCAAACUUCACAAGCUAUGGAAAGCUGACUGGUAACCACACUCCCCCCCCCCAUAUAUUGCUAAUAUGCUAACCACAUAAUAAUAAUAAUAAUGGAUUGGAUUCAUAUAGCGCUUUUCAAGGCACCCAAAGUGCU